AUGCAUUGGAAAGCGCCGUGUUUUAGUGGUGACUGUGAGUGGGUAAUUGGUGGUUCUGCUAGCAAAGGAGAGCAUAAGAUCUACAUAUGGGAUAGGGCUGGACAUCUUGUGAAAAUUCUUGAAGGUCCAAAGGAAGCCUUGAUAGAUUUAGCAUGGCAUCCUGUACACCCUAUUGUCGUAUCUGUUUCACUAGCUGGAUUGGUUUAUAUUUGGGCCAAAGAUUAUACUGAGAAUUGGAGUGCAUUUGCUCCGGAUUUUAAGGAACUUGAGGAAAACGAAGAGUAUGUAGAACGAGAAGACGAAUUUGAUCUGAUAACUGAAACUGAAAAGGUAAAAGAAUCAGAUGUCCAUGAAGACGAUGAAAUUGAUAUUGUGACGGUGGAGAAGGAUUCUGCUUUCAGUGAUUCGGAUAUGUCCCAGGAAGAAACAUGCUUCUUGCCUGCUGAUCCUUCUCCUGAUAUUCCUGAGCAGCAGGACAAGGUGGUUGGAAGCACUUCAAAGCUGGGGGACAGCAACCACUCUGGAUCCCCUCUUUCAGAAGAGGCAGGACAAAACGGGCAAGCAAUGAACCAUGUAUCCAGUCCAGUUGAAGGUAACAUUAUAUCCUUGCAUUAUACUAUAUAUUAA